AUGUUCUCCUGCAGAGCGGCGUGGAGGAGGUGUGGGCCCCUGGUGCGGAGGGCCGGCUACAGUCUGCCCCGUCAUGGCGUCCAGCAGCGGCCCAUGUCCUCGCUGCCUGGAGGAGGUUCCGGGGAGAACAUCGUCUACACCCUGCUGUGUGGAGGGGCCCUCGUGGCAUCGGUCUCCUAUGCCGUGAGCACCGUGACCUCGGACAGCGCUCGCUUCAACGACCGCAUCUCAGAGAUCGCCGCUCGUCCCAAGAGCGAGUGGCAGGCCCGGCCCUGGCCCCCCAAGAGUGGAGAUGAAGAAGAGGAAGAGGAGGCAGCUGCUGAGGAAGAGGCUGCCGAAGAGGCUGCUGAAGAGGCAGCUGAAGAAGUAGCCUCAGAGGAGGAACCUGUGGAGGCAGCGGCUGAGGAGGAGGCCCCUGUGGCCGAGGAGGAGGCCUCUGCGGUCACAGCAGUGGAAGAGGUGGCAGCUGAGGUGGUGGCAGAGGUGGCACAGGAAGUGGAGACUGUGGCCCAGGAAGUGGAGGCUGCAGCACAGGAAGUAGAGACUGUAGCGGAGGAAGUGGUUAAAGUAGCAGCGGCGGUGGAGGAGGCAGCAGAGGCUGUGGAGAAAGCAGCCGAAGCGGUCACUGCGGAGCCCGAAGCUAACGUGGUUCUUGCAGCAGCCUCUGCCUCGGAGGGAGUCCAAAUACCCCAAGAGGAGACCCCAAGCCUUGUCCCUGAGGCUCAGCCCAAAGAGAGCGAAGAGCCACCAGCCCUUCAAGAACCUGCCCCAGUGGUGGAAGAGGCACCAGUAGAACCUGCCCCUAUGGUUGAAGAGGCACCAGUAGAACCUGCCCCUGUGGUUGAAGAGGCACCAGUAGAACCUGCCCCUGUGGUGGAAGAGGCACCAGUAGAACCUGCCCCUGUGGUUGAAGAGGCACCAGUAGAACUUGCCCCUGUGGUGGAAGAGGCACCAGUAGAACCUGCCCCUGUGGUUGAAGAGGCACCAGUAGAACCUGCCCCAGCGGUGGAAGAGGCUGCAUUAGAACCUACCCCAGUGGUUGAAGAGGCACCCGUAGAACCUGCCCCUGUGUUGGAAGAAUCCCCUGCCCCAGUAGAAUCUGCCCCUGUGGUAGAAGAAGCAGCAGUAGAACCUGCCCCAGUGGUGGAAGAGGCCCCAGUAGAACCUGCCCCAGUGGUGGAAGAGGCACCAGUAGAACCUGCCCCAGUGGUUGAAGAAGCACCCGUAGAACCUGCCCUUGUGGUUGAAGAGGCACCAGUAGAACUUGCCCUUGUGGUUGAAGAGGCACCAGUUGAACCUGCCCCUGUGUUUGAAGAGGCACCAGUUGAACCUGCCCCUGUGGUGGAAGAAGCCUCGGCCCCAGUAGAAACUGCCCCUUUGGUUGAAGAAGCAGUCGUAGAACCUGCCCCUGUAGUGGUAGAGGCACCAGUAAAACCUGCCCCUGUUGUGGAAGAGGCCUCGGCCCCAUUAGAAACUGCCCCUGUGGUGGAAGCGGCACCAGUAGAACCUGCCCCUGUGGUGGUAGAGGCACCAGUAGAACCUGCCCCUGUUGUUGAAGAAGCACCAGUAGAACCUGCCCCAGUGGUGGUAGAGGCACCAGUAGAACCUGCCCCAGUGGUGGUAGAGGCACCAGUAGAACCUGCCCCUGUUGUUGAAGAAGCACCAGUAGAACCUGCCCCAGUGGUGGUAGAGGCACUAGUAGAACCUGCCCCAGUGGUGGUAGAGGCACCAGUAGAACCUGCCCCUGUGGUGGUAGAGGCACCUGUCGAACCUAACCCAGUUGUAGAAAUUGUGUCUGCUCCAACACAAACUAAGCACGUAGUAGAUGACAAUAGAGAGUACUUUGUGGUUAUUCUUGAAGGAGCUCCUAAAUCUGAACGCAGGCCUAAGGUUCUGGGCAUGGGUCCAAUGACCGGGAGAGUGAUCCCAGAUCCUGAUGAUGACGACGACUCUUCCUCUCAGUGA